AUGAAUAUUGGGGAACAAGUCAACCAAACUAAUUUCUCCUCUGUCACAGAGUUCCUGUUGCUGGGAUUCUCCAACUUUGGAGAAAUCCAGCUCAUCUUCUUUGCUGUUUUUCUGUGCCUAUAUCUGAUUAUCCUGAGUGGAAACAUCACCAUUUUCACUGUCAUCAACCUGGAUCACAGCCUCCACAUACCUAUAUACUUCUUCCUAGGGAUCCUUUCCAUCUCUGAGAGAGGCUACACCUUUGUCAUCAUGUCCAAGAUGCUUAUAAAUCUGUUGUCUCUGAUGAGAACAAUCUCAUUUAUUAACUGUGACACUCAGAUGUUUUUCUUCCUUGGCUUUGCUGUCACUAAUUGCAUGUUAUUUGGUGUCAUGUGUUAUGACAUCUGUCAUCCACUUCAGUACUCUAUCCUUAUGAGCUGGCAGGUAUGUGGAGAACUGGCAGCCACUUGUGCUGUGAUUGGUUUUUUGUUCUCACUGAUAGGCUCCCUCUUAGUCUUUCAACUACCUUUCUGUGGCCCUAACAAGAUUAACCACUACUUCUGUGACAUCUCAGCAGUUAUCCAGCUUGCCUGUACUGAUACUUACAUCAAUGAAGUGGUCAUCUUCAUUGGUGGAGUUCUAGCACUCAUGGUCCCCCUGGCUUUCACUUGCAUUUCUUAUGGCUUCAUUGCUCGUACCAUCCUGAGGAUCCCAUCAGCUGAAGGCAAGCGAAAAGCCUUCUCCACCUGGGCCUCCCAUCUUACUGUAGUCAUCGUUCACUAUGGCUGUGCCUCCUUUGUCUACCUGCGACCAUCAUCCAAGUACUCAUCCAGCAAAGAUAGGCUCGUGACAGUGGUGUACACAGUUGUGACUCCAUUGUUGAAUCCCCUGGUGUAUAGCCUCAGGAACAAGGAUGUCCAGAUGUCCAUUCAGAAAGUGACUGGCAGAAAAGGAUUUAUCCUAAAGCUCUAUAAUGAGAAUACUUCACAUACACACACAAAAAAUCUUUUCUGA